AGUGCAGAGAAGUCAGAGAGAGAACUGUUGCCACCGCACAAUGUGGUUCCAUGCUUUGGUCUUGGUCUCUCUUUCUGCCUGCGUGGCUUACGGGCAGCCAUCUUCACCACCUGUGGUGGACACUGUUCAAGGCAAAGUGCUGGGAAAGUACGUCAGCUUAGAAGGAGUCACACAGCCCGUGGCCGUCUUCCUGGGAGUCCCCUUUGCCAAGCCCCCUCUUGGAUCCCUGAGGUUUGCUCCACCACAGCCUGCAGAGCCCUGGAGCUUCAUAAAAAACACCACCGCCUACCCUCCCAUGUGCUCCCAAGAUGCUGAAGUAGGGAAGAUGCUCUCCGAUCUCUUCACCAACAGAAAGGAGAGCAUCCCUUUCACGUUUUCUGAAGACUGUCUCUACCUAAAUAUUUACACUCCUGUCGACUUGACAAAGAGCAACAGGCUGCCGGUGAUGGUGUGGAUCCAUGGAGGUUCUCUGGUGGUGGGCGGGGCAUCCACCUAUGAUGGACUGGCCCUCUCUGCCUAUGAAAAUGUGGUAGUGGUGGCCAUUCAGUACCGCCUUGGCAUCUGGGGAUUCUUCAGCACAGGAGAUGAACACAGCCGGGGAAACUGGGGACACUUGGACCAGAUGGCUGCACUGCGCUGGGUCCAGGACAACAUUGCCAAUUUUGGAGGGGACCCAGGCUCUGUGACCAUCUUUGGAGAGUCAUCAGGUGGUGAAAGUGUCUCUGUUCUUGUGCUGUCUCCUCUGGCCAAGAAUCUCUUUCACAGGGCCAUUUCUGAGAGUGGUGUGGCCCUCACUCCUGGUCUGGUCAGGAAAGAUGUCAGACUUGUGGCUGAGCAAGUUGCUGUUGCUGCUGGAUGUGAAACCACCACCUCAGCUGUCAUGGUUCAGUGCCUUCGCCAGAAGACAGAGCGUGAGCUCUUAGAGACCACACUGAAAUUGAAGUCUUUUAAGGUCAAUUUAUUUGAAGACCCCAGAGAGAACUGUCCCUUCCUGCCUACUGCAAUUGAUGGGGUGGUGCUCCCAAAGUCCCCAGAAGAGAUUCUGGUGCAGAAGAAUUUCAGCACUGUCCCCUACAUGGUGGGGAUCAACAAGCAAGAGUUUGGUUGGCUCCUUCCAUUGAUUAUGGGAUAUCCACUCUCUGCAGGCAAACUGGACCAGAAGACAGCUACAUCUCUUCUGAGGAGGUCAAGCCCCUAUCUUAACAUCCCUGAGGAUAUGAUUCCAGCAGCCAUUAAGGAGUACUUGGGCGGGGCAGAAGACCCUGUCAAAAACAGAGACCUGUUUGUAGACUUGAUUGGAGAUGUGUUAUUUUCUGUGCCAUCUGUGAUCGUGGCUCGUCAUCACAGAGAUGCUGGAGCCCCUGUCUACAUGUAUGAAUUUCAGUAUCACCCAAGCUUCUCAUCAGACCUGAAGCCUGGAGUGGUGAUGGGAGACCAUGGGGAUGAGCUCUUCUCAGUGUUUGGCGCCCCAUUUACGAAAGGAGAUGCCUCAGAUGAAGAGAUCAAAAUCAGCAAAAUGGUGAUGAAGUUUUGGUGCAAUUUUGCUCGGAAUGGGAACCCCAAUGGGAAGACAUUGCCUGAGUGGCCAGAGUACAAGCAGAAGGAAGGCUACCUGAAGAUUGGUACAACUACUCAGGCAGCUCAAGGGCUGAAAGAGAAAGAAGUGGCUUUUUGGACGAAAGUCCGGACUAAGGAUGCAGUGGAGAAGCCCCUCCAGGGAAAAACUGAGCUCUGAAUGGGCAGCCCAGCCAGCUUUGGGGACCAAUGAAGCA